CUUAUCCCUAUAAAACCCAUAAGAAACAUUAACAAAAGAUCACACACACACAAACAAAAGUAGUAGAAGAACCAACAAAAAAUGGCAAAUAUCUCAUACUCUACGUUCAUGUUCUCCAUCAUUUUCCUCAUCUCGACCGCGACGGCUGCCACAUUCGACAUCCUAAACCGAUGUAGUUACACUGUGUGGGCUGCCGCAAGCCCCGGAGGUGGCCGGCGUCUUGAUGCGGGCCAGUCAUGGAGGCUAGACGUCGCAGCCGGUACUAAAAUGGCACGGAUUUGGGGUCGGACCAACUGUAACUUUGACCCCUCGGGAAGUGGCCGAUGCCAAACUGGUGACUGCAGUGGUGGACUUCAAUGUACUGGUUGGGGACAGCCACCAAACACGUUGGCUGAGUACGCUUUGAACCAGUUCAACAACUUAGACUUCUACGACAUCUCACUUGUCGAUGGAUUUAACAUUCCUAUGGAGUUUAGCCCAACAAGCUCGAACUGCCACCGGAUCGUAUGCAACGCGGACAUAAAUGGACAGUGUCCGAAUGAGUUGAAAGCCCCGGGUGGUUGCAACAACCCGUGCACGGUUUAUAAGACGAAUGAGUAUUGUUGUACGAACGGGCAAGGUUCAUGUAGCAGCACUGGUUUCUCAAGAUUCUUUAAACAGAGGUGUCCCGACGCCUACAGCUAUCCACAAGACGACCCGACCAGCACUUUCACUUGUAGUUCCACUAACUACAGGGUCGUGUUUUGUCCUUAGGGCUAAGCUCGAUGCUACGGGUCUCACCGAGGAGCAUUAAAUAAUUAAGAGAAUCGUUUUUACAUACAUAUGUGGGUGUAUGUACGUAGAUAUGCGUACGCGUGUUAUAGAGAAUCAAUCAUAUCAAUGAUUGGCUCAAUCACAGUUUCAAUUAUCGGAUUACAAUCUCUAGUUAUGUAAAGUAGUAUCUCCUAUUUAUUGCUGUACAAAUACCCUAGCUCCUCUGCUUCCUGUAUAUAUACUCAUGUCUAUAUCUCAAUAAGAAUCAUCCUUUCAAUACAUUCUAAUA